AUAUAUAUAUAUAUAUAAUACCCAUCCAUUCUCACCUUACUGUCCAUCACAUAAAACCCGUAAUAAGAAAAACAAGCAAUAUGGCAUCCCUUUUCCUGAAAUCAACCACUACAAUCUUGUUGAUUUUUUUAACUCUUUCUAUAAUUGCCAAAGCAGACCGCCGCUUUGUGUUAGACAGCGAUGGUAAGCCAGUGUUCAAUGGUGGGCGAUACUACAUGAUUCCACAAACCAUAGGCAUUGGUGGUGGCCUAACAAGAACAACUAAAGACAACUACACACCAUGCCCUUAUUACGUAACCCGAGAUAGCGAUGAAACCUCGAAUGGUAUGCCUCUUACCAUUUCAUCCCCUCUCAAAAUAUUGUACCUUCCUGAGUCUUCUUCAGUUAGCAUUGCGUUCCAAGAAAUGAUUACUGUUUGUAUUCAAUCCUUGGCGUGGCGGGUCGUUUCCAACGAUUUAAUCGGUAAACUUUAUGUGGCUACCGGCGGUGAUAGCUUUAACUACAAGUUUUCAAUUGAGAAAGCUGAGGGAGAGUCAAGGAAUAAUGUGUAUAAUAUAAGGUAUUUUAAUGAACAAUCAGGUAAAGAUAGUAAUAUUGGGUUUUUUGAGGAUGGACUUUUGGGUAUUACUGAUGAUAUUCCUCUUACCGUGAUAUUCAAGAAAGCUUUUGAUGAUAUUGAAGAGAUAACCUCCACUUCAUCUUGAAAUGUUUUUGAACAAUAAAAUGAUAUGGUCGAUUAUGAAUGUAAUAUAGCUAUGUAAAGUUACACAAAUUAUUAGGUCUGGAUCCUCCAUCAAGGGGUUAUUUCCUUUAGUUUUAUGUACUCUUUUUUUUUUUUUUUUUUUUU